UCGAAAAAAUGGUCUUCCUCAGGCAUUUAUUCCGUUUAUUUACUUUUAUGUGGACCAGUGUUACUCGGUUAAAAUUAAUAAAAUUAACAGAUCAUGAAUUCGCCUACUAAUUAAAUACAAAUAUUUACGUGAGUGGGACGCAUUCAGACUGUGAUUUGAUUUUAUGCGCCCCCAAUUAUGAUGCAACUGUAGUGCCCGUAGCCACCCAGUCAAUACAAUGCCCAUAGAUUUAUAUUACACUCCCGGUUCUCCUCCAUGCCGGUUUGUGAUGAUGGUUGGCGCUGCGACAAAUGUUGAGUUCAAUUGCAUCGAAAUCAAUUUACGAGCCAAAGAACAAUAUAAACCUGAAUUUUUAGAAAUGAAUCCUCAACAUCUUGUGCCCACAAUUAACGAUCAUGGCUUCGUUCUGUGGGAGUCGAGAGCCAUUAGCAGAUAUAUAGUGAACAAAUAUGAUCAUAAUUCUAAGCUGUAUCCGCAAGAUCCGCAAACGAGGGCUCUCAUAGACCAACGGCUCGAUUUCGACCUAGGAACGCUGUGUCCGAGCUUCUCGCAAUUCUUUUACCCUUCUCUAUUCAGUGGUAUUGAACCGAAUAAAACGCAGAUCAAGAAGCUUGCAGACGCGUUGUCAGUCCUGAACAGGUUGCUUCACGGCCUGGAAUUCGCAGUUCCCGGUGAAAGCUUAACUUUGGCGGACCUGUGUUUGGCGACCACUAUAUCUAACAUAGAUGCUGCUGGUAUUGAUCUGAGGCGAUAUCCAAAUAUUGAAAGUUGGUUCGCCCUCAUAAAAGUGUCAGCGCCAAAGUAUCGGGAAGUGAACGAACAAGGCCUGAGGGACUUCAAAAAUCUUGUGAAAGAAGUUCUGAAACCCAAGAAGGCAGCACUUAUUAAGACUGUUAUUAGCAAAGUAGUAUUUGCAGAGGGAUCUGGCAAAAAGGCGAAACUAUUAAAAAAAAACUCAAAAAUCUAACGAACAAAAACAACCGGAAGAACAUAAUUAAACAGAAAACAAACGUGAUUUGGCUGCACAAGUCAGCCAUAGUCUGUUAGAAUAGCAGAGAAGGUAAACCUAUCACAAUCAGUUAUACAUUAAUCAGUUAAAACCACGAAGCAAUGGCACUGUUAAUGAAAUUGUCCACGCCUAUAUUAAAAAAAAACAGUCUCUACAAUGUCCAUCAUAGCAAUAAAUUCGACCAGAAAAUCCAUAGAAUCUUUACCAUCAAUAUCUUCAGUUAGCUUUUCUCAUACAGCAUCAUACACCUCAAUAAACUGUUCCGCGUUCUCCUAUGUAGGCAAGCUACAACCAAAUAUAGCAGCUAACCAAAUUUAACGAGUGAAACUGGAAUGAAUUUACCAGCAAUUAUGAAGAAAAACCAAAAUUUUGUAUUGAGUGCUGCCUCAGACGAAUCCUGUAUCAGUAUUGAUGGCACUGCUGCCACUACAACAGCAUCAAGUAGUUCCAUAAUUUCCUCAGAAUUUAGUAUAACCAUAAAAAAUAAUUAGAAUCCCAUAGCUAAGAUAUAAAAUUUGUUAGUGCCCGCGAGCAUGAUACCCGAAUUAACUGUAAUAAUUGCCAUUUUACCUAGAUUACACAGCUUAAGUUGAGCUAAAUAAUUAGAUACAAGCGUAAGUUGUAAUUAAAACAAUGAAGCCAUUUUUCAAUUUAUUUAUUGUAA